GGAGGAGAAGGAGGAGGGAAAAAAAACAACCCACCAACCCAGCCACUAAACCCACCCAGCAGUGGAUGAGGGGAGGCAGGAGGCUCGCAGGGCGGGCUCCUGGCCAGCGGGUGGUGGGAGCCCCCUCGCUUGGCGAGCUGAUGGCCGGCGGCGGGGGAGUAGGGCGCUGCCGGCCCCGCUCACUCAGCGCACCGGCGGCCCCGGCCUCGGCGCCGGGUGGGCGCUGAGCGGGGCCCGCACCGCGCCCGCUCGUCAGGCAAGGUGCGCUAGAGGGGGGGUAAAACGGGAGGGAUAGCAGCGGGGAGAGGCGGAGAAAGGCGGGAGGCUGGUGGGUCUGCCCGGCUGCUGGCUACCUCACCCCGCAGCGCGCAUCCCGGCGGGUGACGGAGUAAGUCACCCGCGUCUGGCUUCUUUUCUUGUUUUUCCUUCUUCUUUUUUUAAGAGGUGGGAGGUGUUUGCUAUUUUAUUCUUUUUUUUUCUUUUCUUUUUUUUUCCCUUUUUUCUUCUCCCCCCUCCCCCCCGCUUGUUUAUACAAAUACAUCGCCUCCGCUCAGGGAGCCGGAUAUUUCUAACCCCAAACUAUGGCUUUUCAAAAAUCGCCCGAUGCCUCCAACGCCACGAGGAAAAACCCCAGCCUCCUGGAGAUAGGAGCCUUAUGCUUGGACUCGGAGAUCAUCUUCGGCUUCACCAGCCACCUCCUGCGGCGGAAAGCCAAGACCCCACCCCGUGUUCGAGAGCCACCAGCACCUACCCUCGCGGUGGCGGGCAAGGAGACCAGGAGCCGUGACUGGCAUCGCUGGGGGAAGCCCCCGCCGCAGCCAUCUCCCGCCGCGGCUCCCACGCGAGGUGCCGGGUCCGGCUCCGGGUCCGUCCUGGGUGGGACAGGGAGCUCCCGUGUGCAGCCGCACGGCGGCGCCGGCAGGUGGUGCUCUGGUCACAGGCACGGGGCGGUGGUACCGGCCUGCGGUGCCCGGGAACAUCCCAUCACGCCCACCGAGCGGCUGGGGAGUCGGCCGGCCCCCGGGGUGGCUGAGCCCCGAGGCACCGCGCAUCUGCCCGCGAAGGGGCGUACGGUGCCCCCAGCUCUACGCCGGAGAGCGUCGGCCGCGGGAGCGGACCCCGCCCGUCCUCUGGACCCCAUUUGCAACCGCUCUACGCCCACCGGGCCCGCGCAAAGGGCCGAUGCUUGCGCGGCUUUUCCGCCCCGCAACGCUCCGCAGUGGGACCGGUACCCGCAGCUCGGCCCUUUUAUUCCUCACUCUCCGGGAACUUGGGUGCUGGAGCUUGAAGGAGAAACUGCAGUAGUGUCCGCGCUUUAG